CCCAGAGAUUCAAAACUGAAGCGUGUUUUCCCACAGAAAAGGCAGAAAGUAUGAGGGUGUGAGGACUUUGGGUGGGGAGGCCUGGAUGCUGAGCUGACUGGAGCAUGCCAUCCCCGGGAGUAAAGGGUGCACGGGAGCGGGCCAAAAAGAGUGAACCAGGAGCUGGAGCUGGCAAGAAAGGCAUGAAGGGCCCGUGGACUACAGAGCCUCCGAAGCCAGGCUGGGCUUUGACUCAGGAGAGGCUGACGGCCAUGCUCCCCAAACAACGCCACCGCUACCUGCUCUUUGGAGACCUGCUCGACGACGCAGGCGCGGCCGCCUCCAUCUUUCCACGCGAGUCAGUGGAGAUACCCUACUGCAUGCCCGACCCACGCAUGUGGACGCAGGCAUUUGAACCACCAGCUGAGCGUCAGAAUAGGCUUCUGGGCGUUCUCAAGGCCGCAGAAGCCCGCGGCCGAGUGCGGGCGCUGAGGUUGCGCUACACCCGAAUGAGGGUAUGCAAAGGGCCUACUGGAAGCGCCCCUCCCCCGAAAGAGGGCCCACCCUGCUGGAGGGAGGAGGCAGAUAGAGGGUUGCCUCUGGACAGCUCGCCAGGGUUGCUCAGUAAGCUCGGUUCCCAGGCAGAGGAAAUCGCUCUCCUGAUCCAGAAGCAGGGCUCCGCACGCGCCGCCAUCCGGCUAGAACUGUUCCUACCACCCCAACUGAAGCCCACGAAGAUCCCCGAUCCUCUGGGCCGUCAAGAGCGGAGGCGUGUUGAGACAAUCCUGGAAGAGGCUGUAGAUGGCAGCAUCUUCCCACGAUGACUACGACCUUGGUCUACAGAGACCCUGGAUUAGAGCGGCUCCCCACCCUCUCACAUAAAGUUCUCUUCAGAGGGU